AUGUCGGAAAACAUACCAGAGUCGAUACCCACCUCCAUCUCCAACCGCUCCUCACGCCCAGUCAAGAAACAACGCGCCGCGAACACUCCCACCUCGCAACAAUCGCAACAACUCGAAACCCUCUUCGCCAACCCGGACCGAGCAGAAAUCGGUCUCAACCUCGGUCCCAAACCCAAGACUCUCAACGCACCGCCCGAAAUCGUAGCCAACGUCCAGGGUUCCUCGGCCGGAGCUGGAAGUGGUGAAUUCCACGUAUACAAAGCCAGUCGGCGGCGGGAAUAUGAGCGGUUACGGACGAUGGAUGAGGAGGUGAGAGAGGAAGAAGCGGAGAAGGAAUUCUUGGCUAGGAAGCAGGAGAGGGAGAAGAGGGAUGAGGAGAAAUUGGGAAAGAAUCGGGCUAGGAGGGAGAAGGCGAGGAAGAGGCAGGAGAGGAAGAAGAUGGUGGGGAGUGAGGGAGGGUCGGAAGCUGAUAUGAAGGAGAAAGAGAAUGGUGAAGGGGGAGGGGGAGGCGGCGUGAAGAGGAAGUUGGGGCCUGCGAAGAUCAGUGUCGAGAAAAGGGUGGGGGAGGAGGAUGGUGCCCAGGGAGAGGCAGCGCAGGAGGAAGUUGGUAUUACGAUUCAUGAUGAUGAUUGA